GAGGGGAGAGGGCUGCUGACGCAGGUGGACUGAAGCCAGGGUGAGCCGGAGGACAAUAAAAGGUGUAUGAAGUACCCAUUUCGUGUGGACUGCAUAGUAUUCACACAUCUUCAGCUGCUGCCCUUCAGGGAAGAGAGUCUGUCUUGACAGCAUAUCAAAGAUGAAGAGGUCCUAUGCGAUUUUGCUUGUGUCUCUCAUCAUUGGCACAAUGUUCUCUGAGACUAUUGGGAUUGUUAUUGCGGCAAAGGAUAAAAGGGGAUGGACUCUCAAUAGUGCUGGCUACCUGUUAGGUCCCCGUCGGAUUGAUCAUCUAAUUCAGAUAAAGGAUUCACCCAGUGCCAGAGGCAGAGACAAGCUGAUCACUCAAUAUGGUAUAGAUGGUUAUGGAGUACUGGGAGAUAAGCCUGGUCUUGCUGGCAAGAGAGACAUGGACUGGGAGGAAAACGUCCAAACAGGUAGCCAAAGAGAAGUGGAAGAGGACAUUGUCCACACUGUCAUUGACUUCCUGACAUACCUCAAAUUUAAAGAAAUGGGAGCCUUGCAAAGCGUGACUUCUUCUGUAGCAUCAGAUGAAAUGGCUAACCCAUAGCCACAUCACUCUCUGCUGUCCACCCUUCUUUACCCAACAUUUUGUUUUUGCCGAUAGAACCUCAGUUAACUUUAGAGCAGGGAUGUCCAAAGUUUGAUGAUCAAAUUGUAACAUUCGGGCAGACACAGAAUUUGUUUUCUGCAUUGUAUUAGUUUUAUAUUGAGCUUUCCUAGAUUUAGCUUACUGGAGAACAGUGAGAAGAAAACAAAUUGGAGGAAAUACUCAAUGUAAUAAAAUUAGGAGUUUUUUUUUUUUUAAAGAUGACUAAUAUAUGUCAUGAUUCUUCCUGAAAUGCAACAGAAUUUAUUUCUAUAUUUUAUACAUAUCAUUACCUAGAUGUCCGUACAAACUGGCCACAAAGUGUGAUCUUAUCCUGAUAGAAGUCAAUAGUGAAACAGACUCCAUUAAACUAGUACCACACAAACAAAUGUAGUUUCCUUUUUAUAUUGGACAGGGCAUGCUAGCAUUCACACUGUAGGUCAAUGACCUUUGCAACAGUUAAAUGGAGCCAGGAGUCAGCCACCAUAGGGUCCAAUUGUAAUAUAAGACAGGAGACAGGAGGUGUUGGUUAAAUCUACCCGGCCCAAUGAAAAACACAACAGUUUUUAUUUUUAUGUUCUUAAGAAGCAAUGCCAAAUUUUAAUCAUGUUGAGACCAAAUGUUUAGACUGUACAUGGAGAGAAAGUUGGGCACUGUUGCUCUUCUCCUGAGGAUUGGCCAUUGUCUAAUCAAUCUCUGUAAUUAGAACUAUAAAUUCUCCUCAUAAAAAAAAAAGUCAAUUGAUACUACGGGUACCUUCUCCAGGUUGUCUGUUUCAGAUCUUUCCACAGAUGAUCAUUAAGAUUAAUAUCAGAGCGCUUCAGAAUAGUCUGAUGUUUUGUUGUCAGUCAUUCUAAGCUAUUUUUAACUGUGUUUUGGGUCAUUGUCUUGUUCGAGGACCAAUAAUCUGUGACUAAAACUCAGUUUUCUGAGAUUGGUCAGCCAUUUAGGUGUAUUCUUCAUAGUCUUAAUAUUUCACCCUGCAGAAUUUCCAAACACACUGUGCUGCAUGUAGCAAAGCAGCUCCUGAAUAUAAAGUAAUCCGUUACGCCAUGUUUUACUGUUGGUGCACUGAUUGGUUUGUUUUAGUGUGUUUAAUAAAUUAAAGCGAAAGAAUGUCAAUGGCAUUCUUUGAUUUUUGUUUUUGGACAGCCCUGCUUUAGGGGAAAUAUGUUGGUAUGUCCUACACUUGAUGUAUUUAGCAAAGCUUGGUUGUCUCCCAGAACCGAUGAUAUCAACUGAUGAUAUGAGAUUCCACAUGAUGGUUACUGAAUGGACAUUCAAUGUAGAACACCGAUUCUUGCUUCUGUACUUUAAUAUCCUACUGUGCUAUCAUUGGAUUGAAGGUGACAUGAAAU